UUCAGGAUCGCGAUGGAGUGCAGAGCUGUUCCAAUUCUUCCCACCUACUCACAAGCCUGUGGAACUUCCCUGCCCCGAAAACCCUCCCUCUGCCGAACACUCUUCGACUACGGACCUCUGAACGAUCCGGUGAUAAUUCUCAUAACACUAGCCGUUGUAGUGGGAUCCUUCUGCCUGCUCAGCGGCUUUAUACUCCUCUGUGUUGUUUCGAAAGCCUGGCAGGAUGAGACCUCCGAGGCCAUACUGCUAAUGGCCAUUGGCUUCUUUAUCACCGCCCUGUCCUGCGUAUCCUGGAAAUUAACGAGGGCCCAACGGAUCACUCAGCUGGUGGAUGCCCUCAGCAUAGAGACCCAGACGAUUUGACUUGGGACUUGACUUGGGAAUAAAUCUAGUUGGUGUUUAGUAAAUUUUAGUUCCAAAAUAGUUAAAACAAAAAA